AUGGCCUCGUGCUGGUGGCGGUGGCGGUGGCGGUGGCGGCGCGGCUGCUCUUGGAGGCCGGCGGCGCGGAGCCCCGGGCCCAACUCCGCAGGCCGCGCGGCACUCUCUGCGCCGCGGGCUGCCGCCGCCGCUGCCACUGUCUACGUCGCCCGCGCGCAGAUGUCCUGUUGUAAUCUUAUGAAGAGUUUAACAUCUGCCUUUCCAAAUAUGUAUCGUGGAUCACGGUUCCAUCACGUGACGCCGGUAGCUUGCUGCUACAGUAAGACACAGAGCGGUGAGAAAUACAGCGACCCUUUUAAGCUUGGCUGGAGAGACUUGAAAGGUCUCUAUGAGGACAUCAGGAAGGAACUCUUCAUCUCUACAGCAGAACUCAAGGAAAUGUCUGAAUACUACUUCGAUGGAAAAGGAAAAGCCUUUCGACCAAUUAUCGUGGUGCUAAUGGCCCGAGCCUGUAACAUUCAUCAUAAUAACUCCCGAAAUGUGCAAGCAAGCCAGCGUGCCAUUGCCUUAAUUGCAGAAAUGAUCCACACUGCCAGUCUGGUCCAUGACGAUGUCAUUGAUGAUGCAAGCUCCCGGAGAGGAAAACACACCGUUAAUAAGAUCUGGGGUGAAAAGAAGGCUGUCCUUGCUGGCGACUUAAUUCUUUCUGCAGCCUCAAUAGCUCUGGCACGAAUUGGAAAUACAACUGUUAUAUCUAUUUUAACCCAAGUGAUUGAAGAUUUGGUGCGUGGUGAAUUUCUUCAGCUCGGGUCAAAAGAAAAUGAAAAUGAAAGAUUUGCACACUACCUUGAAAAGACUUUCAAGAAGACUGCAAGUCUGAUCGCCAACAGUUGUAAAGCAGUAUCCUCGCAGAUACACAGGAUGAAAACUGGGCCAAGUGAGAGUCCCUGUGAUUAAAGAAACAAGAAGGGGAGACUCCUAAGGGGCAAGUGUCAGUUGCUGCCACGAUACACCCUUAACAUAAUUACAGUUGAAGAGAGCUUCUUCUCAGGUGAAAAAGCCCCUUGCCAGUAAUGUCUCUGUUUGGAAAAGUGUCAAGAAAUGUGUCGUAAUUGAGCCAAAAAAGAAUGAGGACAACAUUUCUUCCUAAAAAGACCCAAUUGAAACCCAAAGGAAUGUGAAUUAUGUAGAACAUGAUGGCCACAAUCUCAGCCAUUUUUGUCUUUUUAUUGAAAGAGCAUUUUUUUUUCUUAAUUUCCCAGAAAUUGUGAGUGUGGUUUUCUAAAAAAAGAGAGAUAAAAAUAGAAUAGGCCCGAGAAUGCUAAAUUAAAAAAAACAAAGAUUUAAAAUGGUGGCCUUCAACCUUAAUUAAUCUUAAGAACAUUGAUGUCAUUGCUCAUCAUACCCUUGAUGGCCAGCGUCUCCGUGGAGCUGGAGACCCAGCCUCGCUAGUGUGUGAGGUGACAGCGAAAUCUUCCCAGGCCCGAGGCUGCAGAGAGGAGCACAGCCGUCAGCGGGGCGGUUGGAUCUGAAACACUGCGGGCCAUUGUCCACAGUGGACAUUCCACAGGGCGGCAGAGCUUGCCGCCCCGGAGCCUGGACGGGGGCUCAUGCUCUCGGCGAGCCGUGUCAUCGGGGAGAGGCUGCCUUCGCUGUCCUCUGCUUAGGAAGCCAAAGACAGGGUCGCGCGUGUAUUCAUAAAGAGGACCUUGUCCCUCGCAGGUAGGAAGCACAAGUGGACCUGCAUGUUAACAGGGCUCGACCCUCAUUAAACAUGAAAUGUCUCAGGCUCUCCACUAGGGGGCAGGCUGACAUCAGCCCUGAACUGCCCACUUUGCUUGUGAUUUAUUCCUGAGCUCCAGAGCUGUUAGAAUAAUAAAGCAGAAUGCUAGUGUGAGCUCCCUGAAUAAAAGUUUCUAUAUAUAAGUGCCUAUGGGGAGAGAUGUUCCAGAGGUGUUAUAUAUUCAAACCUGCUAUUUUUAUGUGAUUUUGGAAUUUAAAACGCAGACACAUGGCCUCUGAACACAUGCAAAGCAAAUUAGAGACACCAAAAAGAAGGGGUGAGAAUUUAAACAUCAGAAUUGUUAGAGAAGAGCUGGUGGGAUUCAGGAUGUCAUGGGAAUUUGAAGGAAACCUCUCAGCUUACAAUUCAUUGUCCUGAGGACUGUUUAAUGAAAACUGGUAUUAAAUCUAAGAGAGGGCUGUUCAGGAUUGUUUUGGGACACUGAUUGAUGUUAAAAUAGAAGUAAUCUUAAAAGGUGAUUGGCUGUUUGUUUCUGUACGUAGUCAUGAAAAUACAUUGUGUAGUUUACCAGUGAACACUGCCUUGUUCCCCAGAAAACCUCACAGGAAUGAGACCAGAGGGAUCUGGUGGCCCAUCCAGUGUUUUUCAAUCAGACAGUAGCUGAGCAGAGAUUUGAACCCAGAACUGGGUAUGAUAACCCUGCAGAUUCAUGUAUUCAUUCAUUUUCUCGUGUUUUUUUUCCCCCUGAAUUUUCU